GGAACCGGGCGGCGGCCCAACAGCGGCGUUCCCGCGGGAACUAACCGCGGCCUCCGCUCCCGAAAGGGACCGUGUUUCUUUAACGGCGGACCGAGCCUGCCUCUCGGGCCCUCCCCCCGGAAUCUCGGGCCCGCCCGCUUCCUUUGUGGAGAGCGAGCAGAGCCGGUCGCGCUGCGGAGGGUGUCCCGCCUCCAGCCCGCCGAUGUGACCCUUGCACGCCUCGCCGCCGCCGCCGCCGCCCCCUCCUCCUCCUCUUCCUCUUCUUCCCCGGGCCCCCUUCCCCUCGCCUUGCCGCCCCUCCGGCCACCAUGAUGGCCAAGGCUCCCCAUCAUCCGCCGCCCGCGGCAUCGCGGCUCCUUUUGUGGCUCGCGGUGGCGGGGAUGUGGAGGGCGCCCUGCGCGGCUGCCGCGGGGGAUGCCGCUGCGCCAGGCAAAAUAGCUGUGGUAGGAGCUGGGAUCGGUGGCUCAUCAGUGGCUCACUUUCUGCAGCAACACUUUGGGCCCCAGGUACAGCUGGAUGUGUAUGAAAAGGACACGGUAGGGGGUCGCCUGGCCACAGUCACAGUCAACAAGCAGCAGUAUGAGAGUGGUGGGGCCUCUAUUCACUCCCUCAACUUGCAUAUGCAGGAUUUCGUGAAACUUCUGGGACUGAAGCACCGCCGAGAAGUGGCAGGAAAGAGUGCCAUCUUUAGUGGGGAACAAUUUGUCCUGGAGGAGACAGACUGGUAUCUCUUGAACCUCUUUCGACUCUGGUGGCACUAUGGCAUGAGCUUUCUGCGCCUGCAGAUGUGGGUGGAAGAGGUGAUGGAGAAGUUCAUGAGAAUUUACAAAUACCAGGCUCAUGGGUAUGCAUUCACUCACCUUGAGAAACUCUUGCAUUCACUGGGUGGAGAUGCCUUUGUCAACAUGACACAGCGCUCAGUAGCAGAGUCCCUGCUGGAGGUGGGCGUGACGCAGCGCUUCAUUGAUGAUGUCAUUGUGGCCAUUCUCCGAGCCAGCUACGGUCAGUCGGUUCUGGUGCCUGCAUUUGCAGGAGCCAUGUCGCUAGCAGGGGCACAAGGCAACAUGUGGGCAGUAGAAGGUGGGAACAAGCUGGUCUGCUCAGGUUUGCUGAAGCUUACAAAAGCCAACAUAAUCCAAGCCACUGUGAAAGCUAUCUCCUUGCACAAUUCAGAAGGCAAAACCUUCUACCAAGUACACUAUGAAGAUGAGGAAGGCCAAGGUUCCAGCUUCUAUGACAUAGUGGUUAUUGCUACUCAGCUGCACAACAGCAAGAACAAUAUCACUUUCCAGAACUUUGACCCUCCCAUUGCUGAGUUCCCUGGACUCUUUCGCACUACUGUCACAUCCGUCGUCCACGGCUACCUCAACUCCUCUUAUUUCGGCUUCCCAGACCCAAAGCUGUUCCCUUACGCCAGUGUCCUCACCACGGAUACCCCUUCCCUCUUCUUCAAUUCCAUGGAUAACAUUUGCCCUGUUAAUGUAUCUGGUACCUUCAGACGAAAGCAGCCCCAAGACGCUGCCGUGUGGCGCGUCCACUCUCAGCACCCCCUGGAGAAGCAGGAGCUGAAGAUUCUGUUCCGCUCGUACUACUCAGUUCAGGUGACCGAAUGGCAGGCCUAUCCUGACUAUGAGUCUGCCAAGACCCUCCCACCCAUUAUUCUGCACGAUAACCUUUACUAUCUCAACAGCAUGGAGUGGGUGGCCAGCUCAAUGGAAAUGGCUUCGGUGGCUGCCAAAAACGUGGCCCUCCUAGCCUACAGCCUCUGGUACCGUGAUUUAGAGAAAAUAGACCAGAAGGACCUCAUGCACAAGGUGAAGACUGAGCUAUGAACUUUGCAAGUCCUGCUAGAGUUGACUUUCCAGGAGUCUUAUCUUUUAUUUUCAUGCAAGAUGAAGAUGAUUACUGGAGGAUUACACUGGAGUUUGGGUGGGGAAGUAAAUGGAAGAGUUGCUAUUACAAACAACCCUGUUCGUUGCCCGUUCUCUGCAGGAAGUGUCUCCCAGGGCCGUGCAGUUGCCGUUCCGUUUCAGAGAGUCUGUGAACAAAUAUUUAUGGGUGCCCAGCUUUUAAGACUUACAAGGGGACUCUGGGAAAGAUCUAAGCCAGCUUAUUUUAAGUUCCAUCCAGGAUGAAUUUCUGCUUUAAAAACAGAGUGCUUGGCUUCCUAUUCCAAGCAGUGGGCUUUUGCUCUCCUGAGUCUAGCUGCACAUCACUCGGCAACCUCCCUCUUUGGAAAGGAACUACCCCAGAAGGGUUUCCCUCUUGCCUCCAGAGCAGCUGCCCGUCUUGACUCCUGGUUACUUUGUGCUGGGUUCCCUCCCUAGGCUCAGGUUUCAAAACAAAAAGCAGGGGCCCUUUUGCGGGGUGGGCAGGAGCUCUAGUGUGAAAUUCCUUGCAAAAUCUUCAUGUUUAUGCCACUGUGUAACUCCCUUUGUUUUGUUACUAAGCCUUGGUAAUUUGCUUCCAGUUCUGGUCAGCCAGAAAGCCCUGAGCUGAGUCUUCAGGUAUUGGCUAACACUCAGGUGUAACAUCCUUUCAUCUUUGCCCUCCUGUAACAUACGUGGCACUGUUUAACCACUGCCCUGGUACCUUCAUUCCCUGCAGGUGAUGGCAGAUCUUUUGCUGCCUUGGCAUGUGUGUCGUAGAGGUGGGAGCGUUUCCAUGUUUGAUAGGAGAAAUGUUCCUGACUUGAUCCCCUAUGUCAGGUUGUAGUGGUCUGAAGGCAUUUUGCUGCCUGAGAAAGAACAGCAAACGAUGCUUCUCUCCCUUAAAAUGGUGGUGCAUAGUACCCACCAAGAAGAGCAGCUUUGGCACCUGAGACAGAAAUAUGCCUUUCCCAGAACCUCUUUUAUCUUCUUAGGAUGUUUAAAAACAAAAAUAGUAAAUGAAUCACUUGCUAUGUUCUGCCUUUUCAUGGUACUCUAAAUCCACUGCCUAAGAUGGCUGCCUCACUCUUUCUUACCAGAGGGGUAGCCCCAUACCACCCCCCCUGUAUCAAGCUGAUUCCAUGGGGGGUGGGCUGGGGAAUCAGCAGCCCUCCCCAUGUUGUUGGCCAGUGACAGGCUUGUCUUUCAUCAGCUGGAAGGCUGGAGGUUUCCCACCCCUGUUCAAAGGCACGCCCUGAAAUUCUGAAUUGAUGGCCUGUAUGUUCAUUUUCCUGUUGCUUGCUAAUUGAGCUGUGCUCACCUGGAAUUAUUUUUAUCUGAAAGGAACACCUUGAUGUUGUCAGCUGCAAGGUCAAUGAAAUGGUGAGGCUCGUGCUAGUACUUGGACAAAAGGCUGAUCUCGGCUUCGUGUCUAAGAGAGAGCAUGUAUUCUGUGACAAAGAGUGGCAUUU